AUGACAAGGCAACGAGCUAUUGCUGCCUGUUUCAAGGAAUCUGACGGCAUCACAAGGCGAAGGAGAUGUGAGGUUGGGCUAGUUGCUUCGAAAACCUUCAACAAGGCUUUGACGACAUGUCUUGCACUUCGUCAACGGAGCAUUGUCGAAGACCCGCGAAUCCACAGCCUAGGUAGAUCCAUAGUCGAUGACUAUGCUGCAGUUCGAAAAACCUACUUGACUCCAGGAAACCCAAUCGUCCUCGCACACGGGUUUCUAGGCUUUGGUGUACUCCAGAUAGGGUACGAAUGGAUGCCGAGAAUCCACUAUUGGCGUGGAAUUGCUGAUGCACUACGUGCAAAUGGCACGGAAGUCAUAACUCCAUCCGUACCUCCAUCAGGUAGUAUCGAAGAACGCGCCGAAAUGUUGAGCGAGCAAAUCGCCAAGCAAGCACAGGGCAAAAGCGUCAAUAUAAUUGCGCAUAGUAUGGGGGGACUUGAUGCUCGCUACAUGAUAUCUCAUUUGAAGCCUAAGAACGUUACAGUGCUUUCUCUAACUACCAUUGCAUCUCCACACCAUGGCACGACAUUGGCAGAUACUAUAUUUGAUGCCGGAGCAGCCUAUAUUCCACAUUUAUAUAGAAUCAUGGCCCAGGCCAAUAUCCGAACCGGUGCAUUUAGCCAGCUAACCCGGAGUUUUAUGACAAAGGAAUUCAAUCCGAAAACCCCAGAUGCACCUGGUAUCAGAUACUUUUCGUAUGGCGCAACAAUCAAUCCAAACUUGUGGAGCAUUUUUCGACUACCUCACCAAGUAAUCAGCAGACAUGAGGGUCCAAAUGAUGGACUGGUCAGCGUAGCUAGUUCUAAAUGGGGUACUUACAAGGGUACAUUAAUGGAUGUCACUCACUUGGAUCUGAUUAAUUGGUCAAAUCGCCUGCAAUGGAUAACUACACACAUAUUUGGACAUGCUCAAAAAUUCAACGCUAUUGCCUUGUACUUAGAUAUAAUCGAUAUGCUGGCCAGGGAGGGCUUUUGA